UCUAGCAGGUUACAGUUUUGAAGUUUGGGCACAUGAGUUCUGAUCUACUGGCAUAUGGCUCAUCAGAUGGAACCUUGACAGUCUGCACUGUCUCUGUGCCACCUUCUGUUGUCAAGCAACUAAGUGGGCAUUCAAAAGGUGUCACAGAGCUAAACGAAGAUUCAUCAAGAUUAACUAUGGAGCAUAUGAUGAUGAAAUCUGCUUAAAGGAUGCCUUCUUUAAUAAACUUUACUGAGAAUCCUUUUGGAGCUGUCCUGUGUUAAACAAAUGCAGGAAAAAGAGAGGUUUUACACUUGGAGAACAAAAUAAACAGCUGUGUUGCCU